GACGUCCUGAAGAAGGGAUGGGACAGGCAGCUGGAAGGAGGUGCUAGCUCUGAGCAGUGCACUUUCUUGUCAACCCGGCUAUAAGUGUGUUUCCUGCCUGCUGCCCUAGUCUGAAGAUGUGGACAGCGGCGACCGACUGAGAAAGGAGCUCCUGGCUAAGAUCCUACAAAAAACCGCCACCUCCCGAACAGGUACUGCACUAAGAAAUAUGGCAUCGGGAGAAGUCAGCUGGCCCAUUCCCAUGAGGGCCAUCGGUGCCCAGAAUCUACUGACGAUGCCGGGAGGAGUCAAGAUCGCAGGAUACCUGCACAAGAGAGGAGGAAAACAAUUGCAACUGUUUAAAUGGCCCCUCAGAUAUGUUAUCAUACAUAAAGGAUGUGUGUACUACUUCAAAACCAGCACCUCAGCCGCCUCCCAAGGGGCUUUUUCACUAAACGGAUACAACAGGGUAAUGCGGGCAGCAGAAGAGACAACGUCUGAUAAUGUGUUCCCCUUCAAAAUGGCCCAUAUCAGCAAGAAGCAUCGUACAUGGUACUUUUCUGCAGCAUCUGAAGAAGAAAGGAAGAAAUGGAUGCUGGCUCUGAGGAAAGAGAUUGACCGCUACCAUGAGAAGAAGGAGACGAUCACGGACCUAAGUGAUAGCGGUUCUGAAACAGAUAGCUUCUAUGGAUCUGUGGAACGUCCUGUGGAUAUAAAAUACACGCAAAGUCCUGCAGAAGAUAGUUGGCAGGAUGACGAUGAUGAUGAAGCAGACUAUGAAGAACCAGAUGUAACAGAUACAGACAUUGCACCGAGCUAUCCACCACCACCAGUUCCAUCAGUACAAGAGAAUGACUUAGUUUCAAACCGGCCUUCAACAGCUAGAAUUAUAGGUGCACCAAAACCAAAACUCCCUUCUCCACCUUCUCGCUCAUAUCCAGUAUAUCCAAGAUACAGUGUUGGCGGUGUACAAGAUCCUGGAGGAAGACCUCCAAUCCCAGCAUUACCACCUGCUCAUAAACCAAAUGAAUCAAUCAGAUCAACUGACAAAGCUGAAAAGGAUCCUAAGAAUGAUCAUGUGCGUCCUCCUAGCAACGUUGGUAAAAAACCACCUGUUUUACCACAACAACCACCAGUUCAUCGGGUAGAACCGUUACCUCCCCAACCAAGAAAAGACAUCAUAAGCAGUCAACCUAAGGAAACAGUGAACAAUCCACCAUACAUGUCAGGGAAUAGCUUUAAAAUAAAUGAUGAAUUAAUUAACAGGUUCAACAUCACAGGUCCUGCGAUACCUGAGAAACCACCAAAGAAGCCUAACCAUGUCAACACUCCAGUACCACCAAUAAGACCAACCAAGGUUGGCACUAAGACAAUCACAAUGGACAGUAAUGUGCCACAAGUACCAAGAAAACCUAGAGGGUUAAGCGAAACUUUAAAAUUGCAAGAGGAAUCUUCUCCCCCUUUGUUUAAACCUAUUGCUGUCAAGUCACCUACUACUAUACCGAGACCUCCUACUCUUCCCAGGCUACAACCAAGAAGAACGGAAAGUGACUUAUUCUCACCAACAAUGAGAUCGCCACCUGAUGGACAGAGUGUUAGAGAUAUAACAGUGGAAUUGCCGGUCCGUCCUGCAAAACCAAAGAAAAUUAUGGGUGACACAAGUGAUAGCGAUGAUGACUAUGAAAAGGUUCCUUUGCCCGCUUCUGUCUUUGUUGAUACCUGUGAUUCAUUCGAUGUUGAAAGGAUGUUCAAAGCUACGGACGCCAGAGGAAGCCCCCUCAAUGGACUGUUCUGCAUCAGAAACUCUGCGAAGGCCGGAAAGGUCCUGGUUGUAUGGGAUAAAAUGGAAUCAAAAUUAAGAAACUACAGAGUUUUUGAAAAGGACUCCAGCGUUUACCUCGAGUCAGAAAACUUAUUUACAGACCUUGCUACUUUGGUUGAACACUACUACGGGAAUACAUUGCCCAGUCAUGACAGACUAGUUCUUAAAUAUGCCUAUGGUAGCCCAAGUAUCUCCAGGUGACAAAAUUGGAGAAUGCUAGAUACAACCUUGGAUGUAUCAUAAUGACAUUAAAGUCUAUGGACAUGCUUUGGGAUUCACUAAGGCACGUGGAAGGACACCUCAUAGUGCAUGGGUACCAGCAGGAUCCCCUGUCCAGCUUCAAGGAGUACAGGUGGUCAAUGACUUAACUGUGAACGUAUGUUCCUAAGGCGUUUGAUUCGACCUAAUAAUAGCAACUCCUUGCUGUGUAUGUGUUACAUCCUUCCUGUGGGAAUUAAAGACAAGUACAAGUAAUGGAGGAAUCCAUAAAGAGGAUUCUGAAAAGAUGAUGUCCGCUCCGAAGACAUGAAGAAGUGAUAAAUGUGUAAUGGGUUAUAGACAGUCAACUAAUAUUCAUUAUAUAUAUACUGCCUCUAUGCAAUCAAGUCAUUCAUUUUGCCAGUGAACACGUUUUCAUAAGAAAACAGGAUUCAUGGAGAAUACCUGGAAGAUUUCGCCCUAAUAUAUUGGUUCUAUAAGUCAGUCCUGAAAUGCGUGAGGAUAUUUUGUGGAUGUUUUCAAGAAUCAGUUACAUUGGUGAAAACUAAAAGACUAUGUUACUAUCGUUACUAUUGCUCCAACAAUGCACAUUAACAAAAUGGUGCCGGUAAUUUGGGUUAAAAAAAAUCCCGCCGUUUUGUGCAUACAGCUAUUUUACUGUGUCCCCAUGGUUACAGACUACAAACAAGUCCUGGGUGUAGUCUGAUCCUGCAGACGUGUGUUACUGUUUUGCAUCUGUGGAGUAUCGCAUGAUCACAGGGUCAGAUUAUACACAGAGUUUGUAAUCAUGGAGACAUAUAGGUUGGGCCAGAAGCUGUGAAUACAAAACUGUUGUAUUUUAACUUUUUUAACCAAGAUUAUUUUCCCCCUUUUUUUAUAAGUGCAUUUGAGAAAAUAAAAUGGUUGCAAUAGUGUGCAUAUCCUUCAAUAAAUGUAUCCUAUUUUAUAAAUAAAGUGUUUUGCAUUGACAUCUAAAAUAAUAACUAUUUUAAAGGGUUUGUCCAGCCUUUUGCUUAAUGAAAAAGAUUGUGCAUUCUUCAGAAAUCCUAGGUGUCUGCUCUUUGCCUUCUGUAUCGCCUGGGACUGUUUGAUGCACACGUAUAAGGAAACUGGUGAGGCAGAGGGGCCCAUAC